GAGUCUCGAGAUAUAAUAGCCUCGCCCUUGUAAACAAGAGAUACGCGACGCCUUUUGUAAACCAGAUGGCUGUCAUCUUUCUACAGUUAUCCUUGAAAUUGCGACCAUGUCUUCAGGCUUGGAUCUGAGCGAUAUCUACGCUAAACUGCCUAUUACCCUCAAGAACCUAACGCUGGACCACUUAAAGCCUGAGAGAAACUGCACUGCGGCUGGAACAAUAGCUGCUCAAAUCUCAUAUUUCCUCGACCAGGACAUUUUCAUGACGUCUCUACCAUCAGUGUCCGAUCUGUUGAUAUUCCUCUACGCUUGUUCGAACACGACACUGGGAAAGCUUUCACCUGGCGAGGCAGUCGACUGGUAUAUAUACCACAGAGAAAGUAACGCCGACGCGUUCGAUGGCUUGUGGUGGAAGAUCGUGCACAGUAACUCGGUAUGCGUGAAAAGCUUUUGUCGACAUUACAACUGGGAAGGCGAUCCAGACUUGGCAGGCAUAGGUGUCUACUUUACGUAUAUAAUACAAGCUUGCAUGACAACACUCUUUAUCCUCCUCCACUUCUAUCUCAGCUUGUCGUUCAAAAUCUGUUGUCAGGCUUCCGCCCGUUUCAGUUGGUUUAUCUCAUACGCCCAAACUGCCGCCUGCCAUCAGGAUAUGCUCGACAACUUUGUCAAAAUCUUCUGGACUGCAUCGCUUUAUUUUGCCCUGGCUAUCGCAAUCGCAUCCAACCUGGCGAUAAAGCCAAUAAUGUCCACUUAUGGCAUGACUUUUUCACCAUGGUUCUUGGUGAUUGGAGAACAUUUUGCUACAAUGGUCCUCAUCUGUCUAUGGCCAUGGUACGGCAGACAGGCGAAGUUCCCAAACGCGGCACUCUUAUGUGUCGCCCUGCUUUGGCUAGCUGUGUACUGUGAAAAUGGUAUUUUCUACUACCAGCCAGCUGAUGAUAAUUCCGGCUACAUCAGCUGUUACGGCCUCAAACCUUUCUGGUAUAUUCUAUGGAAAGUGUCCUAUUACUCUCAGCUCUCAGCUUAUCUUCCCCCUCGGGCUCGCAUAUCAAGUCCUUUACUGCAUACUCUCUUGGUACCGGUAUGUUGUCGGGAGGAUAAGCAAUCGGUCUGGCCGGCAUACUAGAGCAGAGAGUAUCUUCAGAGGAGCCAUAUCUGCUGUGGCCUUCCUGUCGAUGUGGAUGGACCUGGCUAUCUUCAACGAAACCCGCACAGAGUCACAUCGGUUCGUGGGUCAGUCCUACUUGGAGGAUAGAUGGACCUAUGGCCAGAUACUUACCAUCAUGACAUGGUUCUCGGUAUCUGUAGAAUUUCUCCGGCUAUGGAUGUGGGAUUCUAUCUACGACGAUUUGAGUCGGUCGUAUCACAGAC